AUGGGCCCAUCUAAAACCCAAAUGCAACCAUUACCCUCCUACCUUCCACUUAACUCGCAUGCAGCCGUUUGUGGCAGCAUCCAUAUGCAUGGAAACCUACGUGGAAGCAUGAAUGCAGCCGUGUUUCAUAUCAUAACAAUGGUCAGGCUCGCAACAUUAGCAGCUCUUUUUGCAACCCUUUUGUUGGUGGCGCAUGCCACUGCCUUCCGCACCACCAUAACAACCGUGGAUGUUGACACGGACAUUGAGAAUCAGCAGAGGCGAGGCGAGAGAUGCCGCGAGCAGAUUCAGCGUCAGCAGAACCUCAACCACUGCCAGCGGUAUAUGAUGCAACAAAGCGAGUCCGGGAGUGACGAAGACGGCAACCAACAACAGCAUUUACAGCAGUGCUGCCAACAGCUGAGGAGGAUGGAUGAGCAGUGCCGAUGCGAGGGGUUGAGGCAGGUGGUAAGGCAGCAGCAGGGUGAGCUCCAGGGUGAGGAAAUGCGGGAGAUGAUGGAGUGUGCGAGAGACUUGCCAAAUCAAUGCCGCCUCAGCCCUCAGCACUGUGAGAUUCGCUCCUCCUGGUUCUAG